AUGGAGGUCAAGCGGCGGUCGCAUGCGCACGCCAAAGAAAAGCAGCGGGCCGAGCGCUCCGACGUGCAAGCGUCCCGAGGUCGGAUCGCUCACAGCAGACAGCCUCACUCACUAACUCGCCUCGGCCCCGAAGCCCAUGGGAAUCCCAAGUCGUUCAAGCUGUCGUUCUCCUCCGUUUCACCCUUUCUCCCCAGGCUCCGGCCUCGGAUACCACACGCAGCGUCACGAUGCGCCGCGGCUUCGGCUCAGACGAGAGCCUUCCUCCACACGGCCGGCUUCUAUCGCAGACAGCCUGUACUCGACCGACGCAUUCACAUCAUCGGUGUCGGCAACGUGGGCAAAUUCAUCGCCCACGCCCUGCGCGGCAUACCCAACCCUCCUCCAGUAACGCUGGUCUUCGGGGGCUGGCAAAAGUUGAACGAAUGGAACGACUCGCAACGCCGCCUGGCCCUCGUCACCGACGGCCGUGUCGACACCAGAGACGGCUACGAUGCCGAGCUAGCCAUCCCCCGUCUUCGCUACCAUGGCCACGAGGUCGGCCUGAAUCCCUCCUCGCUAGACACGACCCAAGGCCCUCAGAUGCUGCCUGGCGAGUCUGCUGAGCCCAUCAGCUCGCUCAUCGUCUGCUCCAAAGCCCCCCAUGUCCUGCAGGCCAUCUCCGCCGUAAAGCACCGGCUGCACAACCACUCGGUCGUCUGCUUCCUGCACAACGGCAUGGGCGUCAUCGACCAAGUCAACGCGGCCGUCUUCCCGGACCCCGACCACCGGCCACACUAUAUGCUCGGCAUCAACUCUCAUGGCAUGCACGCCUCGCCACACAGUCGCUUCACUACUGUCCACGCUGGUUUCGGCACCCUCUCGCUGGGCAUCCUACCCCACCAACGAGACGGCCAUGCCAACGAGCCCUACACCCCCGACUUAAGAUUCUCCGCAUCAAGACAUGGCAAGCCCGUCUACCCGCACCCUCCCGACAAACUCAAUCCAGAGUACCCACCCCCAAGGAGCGCCAAAUUCCCCUUCACGCCUAACCAACGCUAUCUACUCCGCACCCUCCUCCGCACUCCAGUACUCAGCGCAGCCUCCUUCUCGCCCCCCGAUCUCUUGCAAAUCCAACUCGACAAGUUGGCCGUCAAUUGCAUCAUAAACCCCCUAACCGCCCUCCUCGACGCGCGCAACGGCGCCAUUCUGAACAACUACGCCUUGACCCGCACAAUGCGCCUCCUCCUAUCCGAGAUAAGCCUCGUCAUUCGCUCCCUCCCCGAACUCCAAUACAUUCCCAACGUGUCCCAGCGCUUCGACCCAGGCCGCCUUGAGACCGUGGUUGUGGCCGUUGCACACCGCACCAGCGACAACGUGAGCAGUAUGCUAGCCGAUACGCGUCAGGGUGCGCACACCGAGAUUGACUAUCUCAACGGCUGGAUUGUGAGGCGAGGCGAGGAAUUGGGUAUUCGAUGUGCCAUGAACUAUAUGGUUAUGCAGUUGAUCAAGGGCAAGAGCAUGGUGGUGCAGCAUGACAUGGAAGAAGAGCUUCCCCUGGUAGGGAGUAAGAAAGGGGGGAGGGCGGAGGCGGACUUGGUGGUUAAGAGGGAUGGCGCGGAAGCCCAUAAGAAAGGCACACCGUGA